UAUCAGUCGUAAGAUCGUAAACCACAAUCUUUUGCGCGCCCCGCCAUAAUAUCAUAUUGUAUCUGAUAAUAAAUUAUUACCCAUACCUUCGUUUAAAAAUUAAAAGGCACACCGUACCUAUUACCACAAUAAUCCAAGACCGUGAUACACGUCCUGACCCACUGUCGUUACGAUUGUUGCACAGCUUCAAAUAUUUUCAACAUCUUUUUCUAUGGUCGACACGACUCGUCACUGUAUUACUAUCGAUAUUUCAUUGUUGUGAUUUGAAUUUCGUAAGUUGUAACGGCUAAAGCUCAACAUUCCAACUUCCAAGCAUGAAUUUGUUAAAUACACCACGGUUGAAAAAAGAACUAGGACAAUUACUUAACAAACCUCCUUUUGGUAUUAAGGUGAAUGUAAAAGAAGGAUCAACCUCUGUUUUAGAAGCUGAACUCCACGGACCAAAAGAUUCUCCAUAUGAAAAUGGAAUUUUCAAAUUGCAGAUAGAAUUGCCAGUGAAGUAUCCAUUUGAACCUCCUAGAGUAACAUUCAUAACACCUGUUUAUCAUCCAAACAUAGACAGUGGCGGCAGAAUCUGUUUGGACAUUUUGAAAAUGCCUCCAUCUGGUGCAUGGAAACCAUUGAUUAACAUCGAAGGUGUAUUGGUUGCGAUAUGCAAUCUAAUGAACUGUCCAAACCCUAAUGACCCGCUGGUACUGGACAUUGCAAAAGAAUUUAAGAAUGAUAAAGAAACAUUUGAAUCCAAAGCUAAACACUAUACCAAAGAACAUGCUACUUUAGUCACUGUAUGAUUAUAUUUUAAUUUAAUACAUAUCUAAUAUUCUUCUAUUGUUUUAUAAGAUAAUACUUCAGCCAACUAAACUACUAGCAAAUUUCCAACUUUGUACACUUUUCUUUAUUAAUUAUUCAUUUUGAUUUAAAAUUGGCUAGUUAAGAACUAUUAAACGCCAAAAGAAGUCCAUUAACAUAUUUGAAAGUAUUAUUGUAAC